AUGUCUGACUUCCACAUCCACCCCCAGAGUGCAGUGGUGGAAGAAGGCGGCGUGGCCAGGUUUCAGUGCCAGAUCCAUGGCUUGCCAGAGCCUGUGAUCAUGUGGCAGAAGAACCAUCUCCCCAUCAAUACAGAAAACGACAGGUAAGGACAGUGGGUUCAAUUCCCUCCAAACAGGGCUGCGAGUGCUGCAGGAGGGGUGUUUUUCAAACUCUGCACUAUUCAGAAACACCUUGCAGGUGGAAAGUUCUUCAUAUUUACUGUGGAACCCGUCGUUUAUUUAUAUCACAAGAUUUAUAUACUGCUUGAUUGUAAUGAAGCCUCAAGGUGGUUUACAAAAAGGAUAAAACAAUUGAAUUAUCAGUAAAAUAAAUGCAGUUAGAAACAGCUAUCAAAAGUAUCCAAAAAUUAAUUGAAAUUCACAAUAAACUGAAAUCCAGAUUAAAACACAUGCCAACAUUCUCCAUGUCUGGAUAGGCUUGCCUGGACAAAAAUGUUCCCAGCAGGUGCUCAAAAGGGUACAGUGAAGGCAUUUGCCUGGCGUCAAUCGGCAGGGAGUUCCAAAGUGGGGCUGCUACCACACUAAAAUAUAGAUUUCUUAAAACCCUUCCAAGCAGUUGGGGCCAACUGGGGGAGGUAGAUCCAAUUAGUCUGGUCCUUGACCUCAAAGGGGGCCUCCGAUUUAGACACCCAUUAAUCUUUUGGCAUCUGAUAAGCUUCACAACUUUUUUUCAUGUGCAUUGGAUCAAAAUGUGACAAAACCCUCUCAGCUUAGAGCUACAAAUUUAUGCAAGUGAGAGAUGUGAUUUGUUAAAAGGGAUUUCUUUUUGUUACCUGUUAAUAGAUUUUAAAGAGUUAAAAUUAAAAUGUUCAUGAAAACCAAUAGAAAUAUAUUUGAUGGCACAAGAUUAGACCCUGAUGAAUGUAUCCUCUCAGAUCAGCUGAUUAUAUAAACAAACCACUCACCCUUGUUCUCUUUUUUUGGAGGGAGGUGUGCCUUAUUUUGUUUUCAUGGGUUGUCCUUUAAAUAUUUUUUUUAGUGUAGCUAGGGUCCCCAAAAACUGGAAGUGAGAUGAGCCUCUCUGGACCCAUGGCAAGGCCUGGAUGCAGCAGAGGAUUCUGGGAAAUGUUUUUGGGAACCCUGUGCUUGCCAUUGCCUGGACAGAUUGGACCUCAACACUGAACUGAGACUGUGCUCCAGAACAUGCCUGGCAUCCCCCCCUGUUGCCGAGCCUUUCAGGAAAAUACUGUGGUUGGCAAGCUGACUUUCAGGGAAGAUAGACAGCUAUUACUGAUCUGGCAAACCCCUGAUAAGCUUCUCCGAAGCUGCAGGCUUUGAAAACCAGUGUUCCAGAAUAAUAGCAGCGCUAAGCUUGAUAUUAUAAAUAAGCAAGGGAACUUUCCAAUUCAUAACCUACCUUCAUUCACCUGUCCCCCAACCAAUCGCAGAGGCAAUUAAACUGGUCAGUGAAAAACAUCCCAUGAUAAUCCCAGGGUGUGUGUCUGCGCAUUUGAAAUGAAGCUGAUUUGGGGCAGAGAAAAAGAAGGAACUUCUUUGCGCGGCACAAAGUGGAAUUUGCUCUCCAAAGAGGCAGCGACAUUCACCGAACUGGAUGGCUUGAAAAGGGGGUUAAGACCAUUCCCUGAAGGAGAAUUAGUCCACAAUGGCUAUGUUCUGCCUCCCCUGUCAGAGGCAGCAAGCCUCUUGAAUGCCCAUCGCUGGGAAUCGCAGGUGACAGGCAGUGCUGUGGUGCUCAGGUCUUGCCUACAGGCUUCCCAUGGGCCUCUGGUUUGCUGCCACGAGAACAGAAUGCUGGACUAGAUGAGACUUCCACCUGAUCUGGCAAGGCUCUUUUUGUGUUCAUAGAAUCAAGUGUCCUCAUUCGAUGCACGUUCGCAGAACAAAUUUUGCAAUUCAGGUUUGUGUUUGUUGGCUUGGUAGGGCUGCAGGGUCGUACCACUGCCUGUUUGCCUUUUCCCCACUUAUCACAAUUCAAUGAGGAUUAUUCAUUCCUUAGUUAUUUGUUAAUUUUUCAAUCCAUUUAUUUCCACCACCCCCAAUCAUAGGUGUAUCCAAGGGGAGGAGCGGGGGGGGGGCAGCUGCCCCCCUUAAUCAGUAAAAAUACAUAGCUAAUUGAGGUUCUGCCCCACCCUAACAAAAAUCCUGGCUACGCCCAUGCCCCAAAUUGAUUGCUUUAUAGCAGCGCCUUCAAAGUAGCUUGCAAAUAUUAAAAUGUUGCUGCUGCUGUUUACCUGCCCUUUACUCUUAAGGUUCCAAGGCAGUUCAUAGCAAUUAAAAUACAAUAUUAAAAACAAUUCAAAUAGUUCAUAGACAUAAGGUGGAUCCUAAAAAUAUACAUAUUGGGUGUCAAAAGCCAGAGUAAAGAGCUGUAUCCAUAAAAUACAUACACAGAUGCAUAGAAUAUCAUCAAAACAAUCCCUUUUUCAUUCAGCUAAUGCUUACCACAUACAAAAAAAUAGUAUUUUAGUUUAGUUCUGAACUAUGAGAUCAGGUAUACCAUGUGAUUGUUCAUCUCUUUCUUUCGCUGAUCAUUUAUCAGUAUGCCCCUCAGGCACCUGCUUGGAAGCAGAGUUCGAUCUGGCCUGCGUAUGCAGGCGAAUAGGGGGCAGGAUGCUGAGGUGGCAGAAUGGACUACGGCACUACAUACUGGAGGUGUUGGAUGCCAACUCUGAAUGGUCCACCAUGUGAAAACAAAAGAAAAAAACCCCCUUGCAGUCAGAAAACUAACAUAACAGGGUUCUUUGCUGGAUGUGCUAGAUUUCUACUUGCAAGGAGCCUUAACAAAACCAUAAGGAAGAAUUCAAAACAUCACCAGCCACCUGCAGUUUGGUGCAGAAUACUUUGCCCCCUCAUUUUGGAGCAGACCUUUACACCUCUAAAUACCCAUGUACCCGCUACUAUGCUGAAAACCCCCCUCACUUUCUUUCCCUUGCAUUUUCCUGCUCCUUUAGGUACACGUUGUUGCCCAAGGGCGUUUUGCAGAUUACUGGACUGCGAGCUGAAGACACUGGGAUCUUCCACUGUGUUGCCACCAACAUUGCCAAUGUGAAGUUCAGCAGGGGAGCCAGGCUUACUGUGUCAGGUUGGUGUGUUUGUGGGACAGAGGGGGGGCAGAAGCAGGUGGUUUGUCCCACUGAUCUCCUACCAGGCCAGCCUAUUAAUGCAACUCAUUUGGCUGCAGUAAAACUGGUGCUUGGAAUGGUGUUGGACACCAUGUGCUGGCUGGGGCUGCUGGGAAUGCAAAACACCUGGAGGUCACUGGUUGGGAGACUACUGAGAAGAUAGAGCUUACCUUCACAAAGCUCCCUUUUUUUACCCUCCCUGCCUGCUGUGCCCACUGUGCUUGUCAACCUGUCAAAAGUCUUGAAACAACAACCGUGUCCGGAUUCUGCAGUGCAGGUGCAUAGAGCUGUUUUGCCAGGGGCAAGCAGUAGAUGGUUGACAUUCCUUGAACACAUUGCUCCAUAAAGCCGGCUGCUUCUCAGCAGGGGAUGUGAAAUUCUGCAGCCAGAAUCCUACCCGAGAGCCCUGAAUUUGUGCAAAGUGCUUCGAUGGAAAUUAAGGAUCCAUUUCCUCAAGUGGAAUAGAGAGGAGAAGGCAGCAAAGUGGUUGGGGUGGCCCAUCUUUUCUCAUGCCCAAACACCGCAGACUGGUGGGACCUGAAGGCCACUUCUCUGCAGAACCCAACAGUCCUGGCUCCUGCUCAUCACACAUAGGCAAAGGCUCUUAACGUACAAGUAAGAAAGAUACCUUAAUUCGGGCAAGUAAAAGGUACAGGUUCAGCAGCAGACACAGAGUCCCGGAGUUCAAGGUAUUUAAAGUAAAGGUAAAGGGACCCCUGACCAUUAGGUCCAGUCGUGACCGACUCUGGGGUUGCGGCGCUCAUCUCGCUUUAUUGGCCGAGGGAGCCGGCGUACAGCUUCCGGGUCAUGUGGCCAGCAUGACUAAGCCGCUUCUGGCAAACCAGAGCAGCGCAUGGAAACGCCAUUUACCUUCCCGCCGGAGUGGUACCUAUUUAUCUACUUGCACUUUGAUGUGCUUUUGAACUGCUAGGUUGACAGGAGCAGGUACCGAGCAACGGGAGCUCACCCCGUCGUGGGGAUUCGAACCGCCGACCUUCUGAUCGGCAAGUCCUAGGCUCUGUGGUUUAACCCACAGUGCCACCCGCUUCCCACUAUUUAGAACAGGGUAUUUAGAACUGACCAAAAGCAAUGGAAAUGUCCCACCACUUUCUGCAUCCUGCCCACUAAGCUUUUAAAGAUGAUGCACGACAUGCUCCCUCAUGAGUCUCUCUCGCUUUUCAGGAAUGUUGGGCUUGCAAAUGCGCUCUCCGUCUGAACCCCCCAAGACCCUUGGCUAGUGCCCAACUUGACCAGCUGUUGGUCCUGAGCCUGGCAGGAUGCUAAAUCGGCCUGCCUUGGCCUGGCCCUAUUCUCCAAAGGGACACAUUACCUUCUUCUGGCACCCUCUUGAAAGCUGCUUUCCCCAUCAAGUCCCACCUCCCUUGAGCCUUGACACCCACUUAGCAAAUGGCUGUUCACACCUGCUUACCAACAUGUCCUGGAAACCAGCCUUCGGAGGAGGAAUGAGUCAAACCUCCAUCUCUGGUCUGUGGCAAAGCUGACCUCCGGCCAAAAACGGCAUUCCUUUCAUGCCUCUGCGGCCCAAGCUGACACUGCUUGCUUUUUGGUGAUGAGCAGAACCUGACCGAGCAAGCAGCUCUCCCAACAGCUUAAUCUUAGAGCUAAGGUGAUCCCAAGGGGAGCUGUCCAGGGCGGCAAGUGAAUUGGUGUCAGGGGAGAGGGACCUACCUCAGUGAUAGAACAUCUGCUUUGCAUACAGAAGGAACCAGGUUCAAUCCUUGACGUCUCCAGAUAGGAGUUGGAAAAAAGUCUUACCUGAAUCCUUGGAGGGCUGCUAUCAGUCAGGGCUGAGCUAGUUGGUCUGACUCAGUAUAAGGCAGCAUGCAGUGUAGGAUUUAGAGGCAUAGUUUGUUUGUUUGUUUGUUUGUUUGUUUGUUUGUUGCAUUUAAACACCACCUUUGUCUUCCAAGGAUCUAAGAUAUGGUGUACAUGGUUCUUCUUCUUCCCAUUUCAUCACCAUAACAACCCUAUGAGGUAGGUUAGGCUAAGAGAUGGGAUGUUGAGUGGCCCAGAGUCACUCACUGAGCUUCAUGGCUGAGUGGGGAUUCGAACCCAGCUCUCCCCACGUCCCAGUCCAACACUAACCAUUAUUAUGCCACACUGACUCUUUUAAAAGAUUGUAUAAUAAACCAGUCGGGCCUCGUGGCUUUACCUUGGAACCCUUGUGGACAUCUGCUCACGGGAGCCAAACCUAGUGAACUAGGGUGUUGUGGGUGUUUCAGCUUCCAGAUCAUUGCUGUUUUAGGGUGGGAUUGAAUCGCAUCCCAGCAAAUUCAGGUUGCCCAAUUAUAGUUGAGUGGGAGGUCUUGUGCAACAAACCUGCUUCCCCAAAUUAUCAGGCUUUUUGCAGCGAGGAAAGCGACAGGGCAGUGCAUUGAAAAUUGUGGAAUUACACUUGCUUUGAUGCAAGGUUGUGUAACCUCCCCCACAAACAAAUCAGAAUCAUUAAAUAGCCAGUGUUGUCCAAUUUCCCUGCUCAAUGAACAGGUUGCCUGGAAGUGCCCCCUUCAGCUGUAGAAGGGAAUAGCCUGAUGCAGCGUCUGCUCCUGUGACUGGCAGGCAGCAUGAAGCUUCCUGAUUGGCCAAGCCUGGUAUAAAUUCCAGGAGUCAGCCCCUUGUGCUCUUUCCUGGUCAAGAGAACCUCCUCCCUGCAGCAUUUCAGCCUCUGCAGUGAGUGGGAAGGCAGGCAGGUUUGGGUCAUGGCUGCCUUCUCAUACGAACACUAGGAACUGCCUGCCAUUGAGUCAGGCCAUUGGCUCAACUAGUUCAGUACUGUGCCACAAUGACCGGCAGAAGCACGCCAUGGUUUCAGGCAGGGAACUCUCCCAUCCCUACCUGGGGAUCGAACCUGGGACCUUCUGCACGCAAAGCAGAUCCUUUACCACUGAGCUGCGGCUCUGCUCUAGCCUUGACGUGACACAGCACUUCUGAAACCUUACACUCGGAGCACCUGCGCCAGCAAUGAGGUGUAUAUAUACACAUACAGAUGCACCUUCUUGAUUUCAGAAUGUCUCAUGUUAAUGCUUGGUCUGCCAUGCACAGGUUCUCAUUCUCCCGUGUACAAGGAUCCCAUGAUUCUCGUGGGACCAGAGAACCUGACCUUAACUGUGCACCAGACUGCCAUCCUGGAAUGCAUUGCAACUGGAAACCCCAGGCCUAUCGUCUCCUGGAGUCGACUUGGUAAGUGACCAGAGGUUACCCUCGUGUCAGAAUCCAUACACAAGAAAGGAGAGCUUUGCUAUUACUUCAGUGCGGGCAAAGUUACCGUAUUUUUCACUCUAUAAGACACACUUUUCCCCUCCUAAAAAGUAAAGGGAAAUGUGUGUGCAUCUUAUGGAGUGAAUGCAGGCAGGAGGCUCUGCUCAGCGCUCCCUUUAAAGAGUGUGUGGAGCGUGUUCCCUUCUCCCUCCUCGGGGAAAAGCCCCCAAGAGCCGCACACACGCUCCACACGCUCUUUAAAGGGAGCACGGCUCUUGGGGGAGCCUUCAUCCCCCUGCCCGGGAAAGGCUGUGUGCGGGUAACGCAUAAGCCAGGACAGCAAGAGGCUAUCCCAGAAGCCAGAUCCCUCUUGCUGUUCUGGCUUCUGGGAUCCAGAAUAUUUUUUUUCUUGUUUUCCUCCACCAAAAACUAGGUGCGUCUUAUGGUCUGGUGCAUCUUAUACAAUGAAAAAUACGGUACAUACAGCAUAUUGUAGUUGCUACUAGGUAGGAAUUUGGUUUGAGGGUAUGAAGACCCUUGUGAGCUGGAAGAAGUUGCUAGUUUUGUGUGUAAAUGCUUUGGAGGGGACCCAGAGAAUCAUCUAGUUAAACCCUCUGCAAUGCUUUUGUCUUCUGUUUCUUGUGGUUUCUUCACACCCGCUUCUCUAUGUCCCUGAAAUGCAGGCUGCAUACCCGUAAUACAUUUAAAGCACGUUGCUUCCCCCAUGGAAUCCUGGGAAAUGUAGUUUACCUCUCACACAAGCAUACAAUUCUGAGCACCCUUAAUAAACCACAGUUCCCAGGAUUCUUUGAGGAAAGCCAUGUUCCUUAAACGUAGCAUAAACAUGUUUCUCAGAACCAGCAGGAUCAGAUGUUCCUUGACUCUCCAUAGGAGAGCGAAUUCACCCUUUCAUUUUCAGUGCUAAAUCUCUCUCUGCUAGUUAAUGAGAUUCUAGCUUCUAAUCCCUCACGGCUGGUUGGUGAGCUAUGGAGGCCCUGCUGAUCCCAGGACUGCUGGAGCAGAGUGGGGUCACUGCCUCUGUCAACCAUAGCCAAGCUUAGAAGCUUUAACACACACACACACACACACACACACACACACACACACACACACACAAGGCCACAUCAAUGUGCUCUGUUUGUUGUGGUUUGCUGCCCUGACCACGGCAAUGCAGCUUGCUUUAAAUACCUUUUGGCACCUUGACUGCACCAUACAAAUAUGAAACACCUUCUUUCUCUACAACUGCAUUAAAAAACAUAUAUUAUGAUGUAUAUAUCUGAAGUUGAGAGAAGGAACUGCUGCAAAAGUUGUGAGAGGCAGAUUGUAAUUAUUAAAUGGACAACAUUUUUGAAGGAUGCUCUGAAUUGCAAAAAGAACUUAAUAGAAAUGGAACCAGUAGUUAGGUUUCAGAGAAAGGCCUUCUUUUUUCCCCAGCCUGAGGGGUGCAAUCCACCAUGGGCAACCUCCCAGGAACCACAUUUAUAUAGGUUUAAUAUGAAAGAAAAAUCUCCAAGAGGUGUAUGAAACCCAGUAUAUAGAACCAGUCAUAUAAAUUGUGGUUUUUUUAUGUUGUAUUAAUAGGCAAAUAUAGAAGUGCUCAUCCUCACAUCAUUCUAAUAAUAGGUAAAAGCAUCCAGUGUGACCAAAUUCAGUGGUCACGGUAAACCUGGGCAUAUGACUACACCUUUAAAAUACAGGCAACGACCAAUUUAUGUGCGUCCAAUGGAUGUGCAACCGCGCAUGCCUGGGUUGCGGCAAUCCGGAAGUGGCCAGAAAUGGGGGUGGAAUGGGGGCAGGGCAAAAGGGGGUGGCGUGGGCUUACGCUCCUCUUGGGAAAAGAGGAGGAUUAUAUGGCCUUGUGAAAACUGCAAAGUUUGGGAGAAGUAUAUAAAAAGUGAAAAACUGUUUAUGCCUGAAGUACAUUGAUGCUUUGAAGAUUGGUAUCGUUGGCAAAAGCUGUCUCUAAACAGUAUUUAUUGGAACUUAAGUUUGUGCCUUUAUUAUAUUUGUUUAUUUAUCUUGAAUCAGGAAGAAUGUUACAUACUUGCUGAGAUUUGUACAUAUGAGUAAUUCUCAUAUCUCAACAGCAUAACGUAAUGUGCACUAUUGUUGCUCAUGUGGCAUUCAAAUAAAAUUUAUUAAUGAUUUUUAAAAAAACACAACUGAAGUUGAAAGCUAAAAUCUGUUCAGGGCUGUCUCGAAAGAGAGUUUGGGUUUGACAUAAGGGAAGCAUAUCUCCUCAUCCCAUUUCUGGUCCCUUAGAGUGAGCCUGGUUGUUCUAGGGAAAAUGAUGCCUUGCUAGAUUAAGCGAGCGAGAGAGAGAGAGUUCCAGGCUCCUUCGCACCGUAAAUACCAGACAGACCCAGGGUGUAAUUUGCUCUUGCGUUUCUCCAACCCAGAUGGCCGACCGAUUGGCGUUGAAGGAAUUCAGGUCCUUGGGACAGGAAACCUGAUGAUCUCUGACCUCACUGUGCAGCAUUCUGGGAUAUACGUGUGCGCAGCCAAUAAGCCUGGCACGAGGGUGAGGCGGACAGCCCAAGGAAGGUUGGUGGUGCAAGGUAAGCCAGUCAGGAUCAGGAUCCCUCAAUUGCUAAGACACCAAAUGGCUGUUUUCACAAGUGAAGCAAAGUGUAAAUGGUGCCCUUGGAUUUCCUUCAGCUAGAACAGAAGAGUGACAUUGACUAGCAUGUACACUCAGUUUUUUAAAAAUGGCCUCUUUCACUUCCUAUACUUCAUUAGCAACAUUUUACAAGUAGCGCAUUUCAAGUUAAGAGUGUUCCUGGCGUCACAUGAAGAAAUGUCCAGUGUCUGCUUCCUCAUCAUGAAUGGAUUUUUCAUUUUUAAAAAUAGUAUAACUGUGUCCUGGAAAUUUCCUCUUCUGAUCACCUAAACAGGGUUGCAGCUGAAAAUGUGGUGAUAGUAACAAGGGAGUGAUGUGGAAGCCUAAAUGUAUUUAUUAAUUUUGUUUUAUUGAAAAGAUCAUUUAUAUACCACUUAUUAAUCCUCAAAACCUCUAAGUAGUUUUGCACAAAAUUAAAAUUACUUAUAAAAAUAGCCAGUAAAAAACCUUAGCCUAAGAUUUAUUUUUCGAAAUAAAAUCAGUUUUAAAAUCUACAUUAUAAAAUAAAACUACACAGUAAAAUUCAUGCCAAAUUUACAUGUCUGGGUAGGCUUGCUUUAAAGAAAUGUUUGUGGCAGGUGGUGAAAAUGUGCCUCCUUUCCAUGUAAAUGGGCAGGGAGUUCCAACAUUCACAGGGUGCCACAGUGAAAGAUUGCUUGCUUGCAAGUGCAAGAGCAAACAUUAUGUGGCACUUGAAAAAUGCCAGUUCCACAGACCAAAACAGUUAAGUGGGCAAGGUGAUCCUUCAUGCAAACUGUUCCCAAGCUGUUAUAUACUAAGCGUAACACCUUGAAUUACACCUAGUAACAAAUCAGUGGCCAGUGCAACUCUCUGAACAGAAGUCUAACACGCUGACAGGGCCUCACUUUUGUCAGCAAUCGUGUUGCAACGUUCGGCGCAGACUGCAAUUUCAGGACCAAGUGCUGGGCCUCUUGCCACAUCCCUUAAACCUACAAGAUUUGACUUGGCAAAAUACCUUCAGCAGUCUGGCAUUGUUCUGUACUCUUUGACCAGAGAGCACUGAGGUUGAUGUUCUGCAGAGCAAUUGGAUAGAAAAGGACAACCGAAAUAACUGAGGUGAGGGAACAAUAUCGCUAUGAAAAAAGCUUGCAGCAUUUGGGACUUUUUAGGUUCAAGAAAAGGCAAAUGAGGCAUAACAGUUUGUUUGUUUUUUAAAUCUUGCAUGGCAUGAAGAAAGCAGAGAUAGAAAAGUUUUUCUCCCUCUCUCAUAACGCUAGAACUCAGUCAGGGGCUGAGUCGAAUGUUGGAAGAUUCAGGACAGAAUCUCAGAUUAACUCAGAUUAGACAAAUUUAUGGAGGAGAAAGGUACCAAUGGCUACUGGCCAUGAUGACUGUUCUUUACCUCCACAUUUAGAGCCAGUAAUGUUUCUGAAUACCAGUUUCUGGAAACCUCAGCGGUGGGUAUAUGCUACAGUGCUCAAAUCCUGCUUGCAGGUUUAUGACAGACCACUGUGAGAACAGGAGGCUGGACUAGAUGGGCUUUUCUUAUAUUCUUAAUGCUGUCUGCCCUUACCUCCUUCCUUCUCCCUAUGUAAAGGGGCUAGAAGCUUAAUUUUUCCCCUUUGUUUUGGGGAAAGGAAAAAAAAAAUGAAGCUGAAAAUUUAGUGAGAGAGCUUAGUUCCAUGCUCUCCUGUAGCUGCAGCCCUGUGACUAAACCCCUCUGCUGUGUGGCCUGUGCACCAGGGAAAUGUGGGGGCUUUUCUCUCCCCCCACCAAAGGCAAAAUCCUCCUAACGGCAGACCUGAAAAGCCAUUUUUAAUGACCUUGGCCAAUGCUGCCCCAAAAGGACUUUCUCAAAUGUUUGCUGUGCGUCCAGUCUCCAUGGUGAAGUUUUUGCACAGAGAACGCCUUUUCCAGGGUUUGAGGAGGGGAGGGAUGGGGAGAGAAAAGGGGAGCAACACAGCUGGCAGCGCAGAAUUGAAUGCUGUUAAUCCUUUCCCUGAUUACGAGCCCUCGGCUUCGCCUUUGAAGUAGCCCGUUUCCAGCAGCCCGCAUUCUCAUCAGCUCCCCUCGUUAACCGCUCGGUUUGAUGAGCCUCUGAAUCUCAAAUUAUCUCUCUCCCACCUGAGCGGCCUAAUUGGCCAUUUUCACAGGGAUGGCCAGGCAAGAGGUUUUUUUCCCUUUGGGGCAGUGGGGAAGAAGAUCUCUUUCUGCUAACAUCCUUGCCUCCAAACGACAUUGUUAUAGCCCCCGUUAUAGCCAGACCCUUGAGCUCCAGUAACUUGGUGCCAUCCUGUGCGCGUUUGCAAAUGAUUCCUCCAAACAACCAUCCCCAAGUCAGUGUCGGCCUAGAAAGAAAACAAGCAUAGGAACAAACAGAGAGCACAUGACAUGUGCAGAAGGCCUGGCAGGGCUGGGAACACCCCUUCUCUAAAAGCCAGGAGAGAUGCUGCCACUGUAGAUCCACUGUUGAACCAAAUUCCCUUGGGAGGAAGAGCAGGAUACAAAUUUAAUAUAUAAGCAGUUCUAUUUUCUAGAAAAAGAGGUGCUGGAACUCACCAUGAAUGACUCCCAUAGUUCUCUUAUCAGAGCAAUGGCACCUACCUGAGAGGUGCUGGAACCCCAUAUAGAAGUAAACAAAAACAAUUUGACCCGAGGGCUGCAUUUCCACCUGGGCAACCUUCUGGGCCCCACAUGCCAGCGGUGGGUGGGGCCAGAGCCAAAAUUGGAUGGAGCAAUUCCUGUCAAUUUCAGCUUUGUAUGGUAGGCUGGUUUCCAUUCAUAUUUGCAUACACCUCUAUGAACAGGCCUGGUGGAUCUGGCCAAUGGCCCAUCUAAGCCAGCAUCCUGAUCACGCUGCUGCAGACCAGAUGCCCGUGGGAAGCUCACAAGUUGGAAAUGGGCGCAACAGCACUCUGUCCACCUGCGCGUUGCCUCUGAAGUAGAGGUAAACCUAGCCAUUGUGGCUACUAGCCAUUGAUUGGCUUUGUCUAAUCCUCUUUGAAAGCUGCUCUCUAUCCUCCCAUCUAGGGAAGGGUGAGGCAUUACAAAAAUUCUAGGACAAAAUUCCAGCUAGGCAAAGACACUCAAGGAGAGGGUACAAAACAGAGAUAGAGAGCCUUGGAGGGUACAUCCAGUCCCCGGGCCUGACGUUCCUCAUCCCCUAUGUAGACAAGCCUGAGCUUGCAUGCGUUGACAUAAUAUGAGGCAGCUCCCCACAUCCCUUGGAGAGUUAUGCUGCAUUUACACCAUACAUUUAAAGCACAUGGCUUCCUGCAAAGAAUCCUGGGAACUGUAGUUUGUUGAGGAGCUGGGAAUUGUGGGUCUGUGAUAACUACAGUUCCCAAGAGCCUUUGAGGGAAGGCAUGUGUUUGUGUGUGUGUGCAGCUGCAGUCUUACUCAUUGCGGUUGACCAGGUGAGCGAAAGGUCGGCCAUCCUCUGUCUGCAACACAGCUCUCAAAGCAGUUGGGCUGGAGGAACCAUUAUGCAACGAAAGAAGCAGAGUGUGAGGAGGAGGAGGAAUGGCUGCUGCUGACAGAGGAUGACCCGUUCAGCAGCCUUGAUGUUAGGGUGUCCUCCUCCUCAUCCUUCACCCUUUCCCAGACACUCAGAAUAAUUUAUUUCUGCAGCAGUGAGUGGGCUGCUGAUUUGAAGGCACCACAGGGUCUGGGGCAUACCCAUCUGCUGGUUUUCAUCAGCUCACACACUACAUUCUCAGGUAGACACAAACGACAUCCUGAAAGCAAAAGGUGUUAAACAAAAUGCUUGUUAAUAACUCAUGCCACAAGUGGGCUGGUUGAAGGUUUGGAGCAGUAAAUCAGGGAGUCUCUGGAACAUAUCCAGAAGCUGCUGGUGUAAUGCGAAAGCCUCAGGAUUGCAGAGAAGUGGGAGAGAGUGAGGAAGGAAAGGGGAGAAGGGCCUUGCAUGCAGGAGGUCUCAGGUUCAAUUCCUAGCGUCUCCAGUUAAGGCUUGAAAUAUCCCCUACCUGAAAAGCCUCAGAGAGUCACUGCCAGUCAGUGUGGGCAGUACUGAGCUACGUGUGGCACAUACUUCCAUGUUCCCAUGAAGGGCUGGGGGUCUCAAACAAAGAAUCCCUCCCCUGUUCUUGUUGCAGUAGCUGCUGCUUUCUGUACCCACAGAAAAUCUCUCAUUCCAGUUGUUAGCUACUUAUUGUGAUCCACUCAUUCUCUUCCUUGAUCAGAUGAUAACAGACUCCUUCUACACUUUCAGAAAGCUUAGGUGCUCCCUUUGCAAAGUUGGCAUUCUUUCCUAAAGUAUAAAGAACUGUUCUUUUGACAGUAGCAUAGAACUAGCCUGGCAAAGGAGUUCAUUCAUUCAUUCAUUCAUUCAUUCAUUCAUUCAUUCAUUACACUUGAAUCUUGCCCAUCCAACUAAGGCCACAUCUAUACCAUACAUUUUCCGGCCAACCUAGCAGUUCGAAAGCACGUCAAAGUGCAACUAGAUAAAUAGGUACCACUCCAGUGGGAAGGUAAAUGGUGUUUCCAUGUGCUGCUUUGGUUCGCCAGAAGCGGCUUAGACAUGCUGGCCACAUGACCUGGAAGCUGUACGCUUGGCCAAUAAAGCAACCCCAGAGGCGGUCACGACAGGACCUAAUGGUCAGGGGUCCCUUUACCUUUUUUAUACCAUACAUUUGAAGUGCUAUGAUACCACUUUAAGCAGUCAUGGCUCCCUGCAAAGAAUCCUGGGAGAUGUAGUUUGCCAAGGGUGCUGAGAGUGGUUUGGAAUCCUGUAUUGCCCGCUCAGAGCUAUAGUGUCCAGAGUUCCCAGGGAAGAAGGUUUCAUUGUUAAAGCACCUUCGAAAUGCUUAUUUAUUCCCAGCAAUCAUUAUCUUUUAAGCCAAUUUAACACAGUGGUAUUAUAAUCAAGUUCAGUUGGGGGCGGGAGGACAGGAACAUCUCCCUGUACUAAAUGUUAAACCAGCUUCUUCUGUCUCCCUUCUCUGAACCUCUCAGAGAGUCCUUUUGAUCUCCUUCCUUUGAUCCCUGCAGCAGACAAGUUUCCUAUAUUCCUUUUGGUUCUCUGACCUCAGAUGUUGGGAGUCUCAUUUUCAUCCCUUGUCGCAAAUGAACAAGCUCCGUAUAGGAGAAUGGUUAACAACUUAAGACAUACAACGACAAAAUGAAGAGGGUGUUUCUUUUUGAGGCAGGGAGAAAGAAGAACAGAUUGCAAAGAAACAGGGAUCCCUCCCAACCACCCAUCCUUUCUGUUGUUUCCAAUUAGCCAUUUGGUGUCAUAAGAGACCGGACAGGCUGGUGAAUAUCCAGAUGGGCACCAGCAUCCUCUGACUGAAGCAGAGGGGGUGGACAGAAAUGCUGGUCCUCCACAAGUAUGCUGAUACCUUCCUCUUGUUUCCCAGUUGCCCCUUUUUGUCUACAGUGCCGUGAGCCCUCUAGGGAGGCCAAAUGUAAAAGAAGGCAAGGCUCCUGAGCCUUUAGUAGCUGGAUAGAAGAAGGGGUUGUUGUUGUUUGAGAGAUGUACUUUGCACAACUAACUCUACGUGCUGAAAUUCCCUUUUCUGCACACCACUAGCUGGACCCACUACAUCACUCCCUGCCUGAGUUAAUAGGAGGGGUGGUGCUGGUUCUAAAUUCACUUCCUUCUGCUCUGGGGAUUACAGGACUGGGCAUUCUUUUCCAGAUCAUGCCAUUCAUUCAUUGGUAAUUUUGUUCAUAUAAUGCUUUCCCACAAAUGGUGAAAAUGGGUUGCGAUAGAGAAAAAGGGGAACGCUUCUCAAAAUCAGCCAUCACAAGAGCACACUGUUUUUGUAUGUGUGGCCACUGUCUAUUUCCCCACUGAGUGCUCCAGGUCAUUGGUGGCAGAGCCAAGACUGGCUGGAAAUCAUGCUGUGCCGGUCCAACUAUAUAACCCUCUAGCUCUUUAUGCAACUUUCUAUGCAUGUGUAUUUGAAGGCACAAUGUUCUUCGUAAAGGGAGGCCAAUGCAGGCCCCUCCCAGGGCACUUAGGACCUGGCAUCUUCCUGGGCAUCAUGGUGAUGCCAGUUCCAGCAGCUCCCAUUCAUUUAUCUGGGUCUAGCACAGGAAAACAUUCACCUCUGCAAUAAGCUUAGUUUUCUGCCUCCUCCACUCCUAGAUAGAUAGGCAGAUGAUAUAGAUAGACAGAUGACAGAUAGAUAGAUAGAUAGAUAGAUAGAUAGAUAUGGAGCCUAUGUUUUCCUUUGUCUUUGCAGCUCCUGCAGAAUUUGUACAGCACCCGCAGUCUAUUUCCAGGCCCGUGGGGACCACUGCCAUCUUUACCUGCUUGGCACAGGGGGAACCUCCUCCACAGAUAACGUGGCUGAAGAACGGGCAGAUUUUAGAACCUACGGACCACAUUAAGCUAAAGAACAACAACAGGUAAAUUGCUUAUGUGUAGAUCUUAAGAUUCUCUGGGUGGGGGAUGCCAAGGUACCACUGUACAGGGUAGGUACUCUCUACAUGCUCAGAAGCCCUUUAAUUUAGUAGCAUUUCACCAUAUGGCUGGCAGAACUUAUGUUUUCAGUCGAUGUCUUCUGUACCUCAGAGGAAUCGCCACAUGCUUGUAGGCCCAACAGGACCCUGGAGGAGCUUUGGAUCAUGACAACAAUUAUUAUUAUUAUUUUCUUGAAGCUCAUACACAUCUGUUAAUAUACUUAACACUGUUAUAUCACGUUAAGGAGAUUAUAUGAAGCUACAGGGUUUAUCCCUCCAGCUCUGUUAUUUCUCUCUGUAUUGUUGCCUGUUAUUUCCAUAGAAACCGAAACCCACUGACCAGUAAUUUUCACACUAGGCUCACCCAGGCCUGCUAUUUCCACCACACAAAUACCACUCUGUACUACGGCAUGAAAAUGUGGUUCUUUGGUCUUUUUUUGCUUUCCCUGGCGAGAUAAGAGGCCCGGAUUCAGAGGAAGUCGGUCACAAGGACACUUAUUACCUCAAAGUGCAGGGAAGGGAGGUCAAUUUGACCCACAGUUGGGAAGCAAAAGCGUUAAACCCCUGUUGGAAAAUGGUUCUGCAAAAACCAGUGCCACUCAUUGCAGCUUCCAGCAUAGAUUAAUGCAAUUUUCCCCAAACUGGUACCCUCCAGGUUUUUUGUGCUGCAACUCCUUGCAGGUGCAUGCUGCAGAGAAAGAGAUGACAGAAAAAUUUGUUGCCAGUUUAUUUCUGGGUCCAAGUCAAGGUGCUCAUGCUAGUAUUUGUUGUUGUUGUUUAGUCGUUUAGUCAUUUCCGACUCUUCAUGACCCCAUGGACCAAAGCACGCCAGGCCCUCCUGUCUUCCACUGCCUCCCGCAGUUUGGUCAAACUCAUGCUGGUAGCUUCGAGAACACUGUCCAACCAUCUCGUCCUCUGUCGUCCCCUUCUCCUUGUGCCCUCCAUCUUUCCCAGCAUCAGGGUCUUUUCCAGGGAGUCUUCUCUUCUCAUGAGGUCGCCAAAGUAUUGGAGCCUCAGUUUCACAACCUGUCCUUCCAGUGAGCACUCAGGGCUGAUUUCCUUCAGAAUGGUUAGGUUUGAUUUUCUUGCAGUUCAUGGGACUCUCAAGAGUCUCCUCCAGCACCAUAAUUCAAAAGCAUCAAUUCUUCGGCGAUAAGCCUUGUAAAUGACUCAGGUGUACUCUUGGGAGCCAUCGUAACAAGUCCUGCUAGUGCAAUGGGACUUCUGCCCUCUCUUCCAUGGAUGAGCUAGAAUUUGAACCCAAGUCUGUCCACUCCUGUUCUUGACACCGUAACCACUGUGCAACAUGACAAAAUUCUGUUUCUUUCAGACAGUGCUGGAGCACGUUGUAGGGCCCCAUGUCUAUUCAAGAAGAGCUUAUAGGCCUCUUGUAACCCCUCCCCCAUCCCCACCCUGUGGUGAACUGGGAAAACACCCUGGAAAACACCCAGCAGUCCUCUGUGGGGUUGAGUUGUUGCAAUACAUAUGUGUUACCUUUUCAUGGAGGAGCGCCUUAAAUAUAUUUCCAAGAGACACUUUGGUUUUGCAGAAUGCAAUUUGAAAAUGACUGGCAUAAGAAAAUAGGAGGAGCCUGCUGGAUCAGGCCCAUCUAGUCCAGCAUCCUGUUUUCACAAUUUGUCCAAUCCUCUUUUAAAGCCAUCCAAGUUGGUGGCCACCAUUGCCUCCUGUGGGAACAAGCUCCAUUGUUUAGCUAUGUGCGGCCUAAAGAAGGACUUCCUUUUGAUUUGUCCAGAAUCCUCCAUCAUUCAGCUUCAUUGGAUGUCCCCAAGUCUGAGAGCUAUGAGAGAGGUUGAGUGUUACGAGAAAGGGAGCAAACCUUUCCUCUACUCACUUUCUUCAUACCAAAAAGGGACUAGAUGAACCAAGCGUUUUUACUAGGAUGCGGGUGGCGCUGUGGUCUAAACCACUGAGCCUCUUGGGCUUGUCGAUCGGAAGGUCGGCAGUUCGAACCCCCACAACGGGGUGAGCUCCUGUUGCUCUGUCCCAGCUCCUGCUAACCUAGCAGUUCAAAAGCACGCCAGUGCAAGUAAAUAAAUAGGUACCACUGCGGCGGGAAGGUAAACGGCAUUUCCAUGUCCUCUUGUUUCCGCCACGGUGUUCCAUUGCGCCAGAAGCGGUUUAGUCCUGCUGGCCACAUGACCCGGAAAACUUUCUGCAGACAAAAGCUGACUCCCUCGGCCUGAAAGCAAGAUGAGCGCCACAACCCCAUAGUCACCUUUGACUGGACUUAACCGUCCAGGGGUCCUUUACCUUUACCUUUUUUGAUAUAUACUAGGGGUAAGUUUCCUACAACCAGUACGUCCAUGUUCUUGGUGAUUCCCAAACCCAUGAUGCCAAGAAGUCCCUUUAAACUAUUUUUGAGGUGCUGGAUGUUAUAGGAAAGGAGGAGUUGCAGAAAGAAGCCAGGUUUCCUGGGAUGCUUUUCUCAUCCUUUCUCUCCCCCUCUCUCAAUCUCUCUCUCCCUCUCCCCCAAAUCCCUUUGUUUCAUGCUUGUGUGCAUGACUAAACGGUAUAGCCCCGUUCGUUCCAAGCAGAAUCAGUUUGCAUAGUGGCCUUCGGAUGUGCACUUGAGGGGGGCGGCGGUAUUUGUCUCUGUAAUGAUGGGAUCUCUUAUCUUGCAGUUAAUGAGUCCAGCUAAACUGCAGCCUGAGUCUCUUAAUUAGAUUACAUGCUUUCCCCUACUGAAAAUUUCAUUGGAUUAAAACUCAUCAUAUAGUAAUAAAAAGACUGAAUGCCCCUGAAGGAUUUUCCUUUUUCUUUUUUUGGUGAUUAGAAGAGGGCAGGGGAAAGAGCAAUGAAAAUUGGGGGGAAGUAAUCUACCCCAGACUGAACUGUUUACUAAUUAAUUGGCAGUAUUAUCUAAAUGAUCUCCUCCUCACUUGUUGGUAACACAUAGAAGAAAAUAAAGCUAAAUGAAAAGUGUUGGGCCAUAGGCAAUGGCUUUCCUUUUCCAUGGACGCUUCCCAAAAUUCUAACUGGAGCUUUCCCCAUAAUUACUAUAAGAACAUAAGAAGAGCGCACAUGAAUGACAUAUUGUAAGCCUACCCAGUCCAGAAUCCUUUUCUCACAAUGGCCAACCAAAUGCCCCAAUGGGAAACCCACAACCUGAACUCUGAGCGCAGCAGUGCUCUCAUGUGAGCUUCCAGCUUCUAUAUAAUUCUGAGCAUCAUCUCACUCCCAAACUCCAGCCUUCCUGACUUGGGGGAAACGGAGGGUUUCUCCAUGAGAGAAAGAACAAGGAAGCCUGCAGUCUUCCAACUGUAGUUGGCCUCUCCAACGCCCUAGACAGCAAGCCCAUUGACCAAGGAUGAUGGGGAAAGUUUGUUGGGGUUUUUUUGGACAAGAGGUUCAGAGCAGCCUUCUGUAAUGUGUUAAUCUGCCAGAGUUGCGAUGACAACUCCCACCAGCUUCAGCCAGCAUGGCCUUGAGCUUGUAUGGGGUGUGAGGUGAGAAAAUGUAACAGAAUGAAGGUGCAUUGCUUUACUUUGGCCUGCUCUGUGCUCAUCAAGGGCUGUGUGUCUCUGCUUGGAGCGGUGGUGGUGAAUCAUCUGCAGGGAAGAAAUAAAUUAUCUUAAAGGGUCUAUAUCGCCAAGAUGCAUUUAUUACAACGGCAUGUAGCAGAGGCCAACCAUCUCGAUGCAAAGAUAGUUCCUGAUAUUGAUUUUUGUGUGUGUGUGUUUCUUGUAUUUACAAAAUGGUAAUUAAGUGGGUAUUAUUUAUUAAUUCUGCCAAAAAGCAACACUGAGCCCUGGCCAAGGACUUGCUCUCCUCCAUAAACUUGCAUCUUAUGAACAACUCUUCCCCAUCCCCACCUUUCCCCUAUUAACUCUCUGCUUCCCCAGUCAUCAUAAUGUUCACUGGUCGCUUCUUGAAUGUCUUUCUUUGAGAUCACUCAGCACCAGAGGCAACACACCUGAUGGAAGUUGUCAUCCAUCAACACCUGGAGGGCACCACAUUAUAUCUUGCUGCUUUAGCCAUCAUGGUCCAUGCUGCUGUAAUCAAAGGGUGGGCAGCCACCAGUCACAGCCAGCUUGGCCAGUGGGCAGCAAUGAUGGGAGUUUAGCAACCCCUGGAGGACACCAAGCUGGUUGCCCUGACUUUAGGUGGAAAAGGGUGCAAAGGGUCAUCUAGUCCAACCCCUUGCAAAGCAAGAGUAGGGCUAGCAUUGGGUACAACCUAUGGCAUUGUGGCUCUGCCAGGCAUGGCAGUGAAGAAGAAGAAGAAGAGUUUGGAUUUGAUAUCCCGCUUUAUCACUACCCAAAGGAGUCUCAAAGCGGCUAACAUUCUGCUUUCCCUUCCUCCCCCACAACAAACACUGUGAGGUGAGUGGGGGCUGAGAGACUUCAGAGAAGUGUGACUAGACCAAGGUCACCCAGCAGCUGCAUGUGCAGGAGCAGAGACCCGAACCCGGUUCACCAGAUGAUGAGUCUAUCACUCCUAAUCACUACACCACACUGAACAUUUCCUAGCGGGACUUCAGCCAUACAAAUCUUCUUCUUCUUCUUCUUCUUCUUCUUCUUCUUCUUCUUCUUCUUCUUCUUCUUCUUCUUCUUCUUCUUCUUCUGCCACAGCUUGCCAUAACCAUAUGCAUCAAUUCACCCUCAGAUCCUGUAAGGUCAAUUAAUAAUAAUAAUAAUAAUAAUAAUAAUAAAAAUAAAAAUAAAAAUAAUAAAUAGUAAAGAGAGUUUUCGUUUUGCAUGACAGAAGAAGAGGUAACAGGAUCCAGCUUCCUCAGAAUCUUGGCUUUUGCUUUUUACAAUGGGGAAGUUUCUAGCUCUUCUGGUUGCAAAAAGAGACUUGGAAAAACGUGGCGAGUAUUCAGGUGCUGGAGCAGGGAGAAGUAGCUGGAUGAGAUUUCCUGGGGGUGGGGUGACGGUGGGGCCUCAGUGCCCUCUGCAGCUCCCGCCCUCUUUCCAUGACAAGCAAAACUAGAAUAAAUUAUGCAAAGUAGCAAAGGUGGCAUAGUUAUGCAAAAUCUGGGGAUCGUGCUGAUUUGCAAGAUUUGCAUAAUAUAUGCAUGUUGCAGAAGCCAGCUUUCCCCGAAGGGAUAGGAUUUCUUUUUUUCAUUUCAUGCAGCGUACACACAGCCCCAUCUUCAACCCGCUAGGCUGCCCUUUCAGCAUGAAACUUGGCUCGCUAGCAUGAGCCAGUUGGACCGCACCUUCUGGGGCACCCUUCCUCUCUGUUCGCGGCCCCCUGUGUUUUUCACAGCUUGGCAGGUGGGCCUGUUUGCUCCCUCGGUUGUGCUGCUGAACCCGUGUCCUUCUGGUUCAGCCUUGCGUUCUUUCCUUGGCUUCCUCUCCCUUGCGGUGCCUCCGAAAGUUCACCUCUGGUCCGCUGACCUUUGAUGAGAUCAGUCAUCUUGAUUGCCUGCGGGCUGAAGCGACAGCUUGUGAAUAGAGCUCUCUUUGAAUGGCUGGAGACACCAGUUCUCUCCCCCCCCCUCCAUUCUCUCUCUUGGGGCUGCGGCCCCCACCUUCGUGGAGCCAAGUGUGAAUCUCCAAAAGCCUCCUCUCCCUCUUUGGUCCCUGCCUGUCAGAGUCAUUGUGCAAAGGUUUGAUUGACAUCACUGCGGCUCCCUGAAUGUGUCUUCAGUAUAGACAGGCUGUGAAUGCCACUACCUGCCUGGCUCUCCGAGAGAGCAGAUGUCCCAGAGUGAUGGGCUUUGCUUCAAAGGGGAGCAAUUACUCAUUUUGGAUAGCUGUAGCAAAGGGAAUCUCCCUCUCCUCUGUGUGAAAAAUGCAUCAGCCAGCAUCAAGCCUUCCUUUCCUCCCUGGCCCAGAUGGAGGAGGCAGUAGCUGGGUCUUCCACAGAGCAGCAGGGCUGGUGGGGACAUGGCUUGUGAAGAGCCCUGAGGGCCUGAUAGAAAGAUAUGGAGGGCCACAUUUGGACACUGGAUCAGAAUUUCCUCGCCACUCACUUAUGGGUUUCUUGGCACUCGAAACUGGACACUCAAAGCGGUUUUGAAGCAUCUUUCAGAGAGUCUUGUGGUUUCAGAUUGUGCAGUUGCAUUGAGUUUCAGCUCUUCCAUGCUCUCCUCUGCUUCUGUUUCUUCAUAAUGUGUGAAGCUGCUUUUUAAGCAGCAACAUUUCCUUUGUUGGGGGGGGGUGACAGCUGACAAUGACAGAGGAGGCUGCCCCCCCUCCUUGACAGCCUCAGGGCACCUCUUUGCUCUAUCAUGUCUGUCACACCUAGCAACCCCCCCACCCCAAACAUGAAGGCUAGUCGUCUUUACAUGGAGACAGUUUCACACACACGCCAGAUGGUGCCUGAGCAUAAAUUAGAACCUGACUGAUUUGCAAAAAGGCUUGGCGUAAUGUCUGUGAUUCCAUCCCCUCCCCCUUAGGCCUUCUGCACCUCCCCACAAAAGAGAAUUAACGUUUGUUGUUGACGUGGGGGAGGGGAGUGACCCCCGCAUGGAAAUGGCAAAUUUCUUGCAGUGCUUCUUGUGUCUGGGAAGCCCUUUAGGGGGCGCCCUUGGUACGAAGGUGAUACCCCGCUCUUUUCUCUCUUUUUUGGAGCCCUGCCGCCUGCCCGUCUCUUCCAAACACUCAUAUUAUUUGUGCCUGUUCUACCGCAGCUUGCAAUUUUACAAGUGCCACACAGUGUUCGUUCCACAUUUGUGAGGAUUUGGUCUCCUAGUGUUGCAGGACUUGCUCUUGAGAGCUCCCUUCCUCUUGAACGGAAACUUAGAGUGCAGCUGGUGGUGCAUUUCUGUUACGCAGCCCCCUGAAACCUGCUUAUGGUUUGUGCAGCCAUGUUCCACAGGCACAAAACAUUUUGCUAGCGGAACAAGGAUUCUCCUACGUGACUUUAGCUUAGAGCUGUGUUGGAUAUGGCCCCGCUGUGGUUCCCAGCUCUCUAGAGCAGGUUUUUGAGGGGCAAAAGGAAUGCAGGGAGGAAGAGAGAUAAAUGAAAAUUCCCACCCCCGUUCUGAAGUAGCAUCCCACGAGCAGCACUCUGCUCACAGGACACUCCCAAUGGAAGCUGAGUUAGGGUGCGGGCUGAAGUUGGGAGCCUCCCCAUAUACAACCCUCUAGACCUCUCCAUCUGCCACUCACAACUGUCUUAGGCUACACCCCUUGGCAGCCCUGACCCACCCCCUCAAGGGCUUUUGGUGACAUCUGUGUAUUUAAAGGUGAACCUACCUAACUUUUUUCUUUGGGGGACACGGGUGGCGCUGUGGGUUAGACCACAGAGCCUAGGGCUUGCCAAUCAGAAGGUUGGCGGUUCGAAUCCCUGUGACGGGGUGAGCUCCCGUUGCUCGGUCCCAGCUCCUGCCAACCUAGCAGUUCGAAAGCAUGUCAAAGUGUAAGUAGAUAAAUAGGUACCACUCCGGCGGGAAUGCUGUGCUCUGCCCUGGUUCGCCAGAAGUGGCUUAGUCAUGCUGGCCACAUGACCUGGAAGCUGUACGCCGGCUCCCUCAGCCAGUAAAGCAAGAUGAGCACCACAACCCCAGAGCCGGCCACGACUGGACCUAAUGGUCAGGGGUCUCUUUACCUUUACCUUUACCUUUACCUAACUCCCACUUCUCCAAACAAUAUGCAAACUGAAACAUAGCCAUACGACUUUUGGAGUGAUGUUCUCUUGCCAAGUAAUGUGCACAAAAACACACCUGAAUUCUAAGGUAAAAUACACAAACAUGCAUAUAUUAGUGAAAAUAAUAUUCAGAAAUGAAUUACAUUUGGAGGAAGUUGUGUUGCCAAAAUAUGUAUUUUAGGAGAACUUCUCACUAAAAUGCGGAUGGAUUUUCAUGCAGAUUAUAUAUAUGCGCAAACUGAUAUGAACAUGCAGAGAACCAAAUGUAAGAUUAGAGAAACUGAAAUUGACAGAUUCCUCCAUUCCUCCAUCUGUCCCUGAGCGAAGAAGAGGCUUAGGGACCUCCUGUCCCCAACCUCAUCCCUCAGCCUCUGAUGACCUUUCUUUCCUUCUUGUCUUCUUGGCAACUUAAUCAGAUAUGUUGAAUCUGUGGCAACAGGGAGAGCUUAUGGCCAGUCCACCAAAAUCACCCCACCAGCCAAACCUCUUGCUAACGUUUCCAAGGAAACAUGGACUCUUGGCACAUGGGAGGGGGGUAGAAUAAGCAUCUGUUCAUCGGUCAUUUUGGUUCUGGGCAUUUGCAGAGCAGGAGAGAAUGGACCAGCAGGCAGAAAGGUCCAAAUUUUGGCCCCAGUGACAAGGAAGCAUUUGUGGGGAUAAAUUGCCUCUUUUCAUCCUACAGUGUGUAGCCAGGAAAUAGCUGCAAAGGGGCAUGUGCAGAAAUAAAGCCCUGCAGUGCCAGAUCAGUGGGAGAACAUCUGCUUGGAAUGCAGAUGGUGCCAGGUUCAAUUCUUAGCAUCUCCAGGUAGGGCUGGGGAAGAGUUAUUUGCCCGAAACCCUGGGGAACUGCUGCCAGUCAGUGUAGACCAUACUGAGCCAGAUGUUCUGAGGGCUGGACUCGGUAUAAGGCAGCAUCCCCUGUGGGAUAGCUCAGUUUGUAGAGCAUGAGACCCUUAAUUUCAGGGCCAAGGGUUCGAGACCCACAUUGAGCAAAAAGGCUCCCGCAUUGCAGGGGGUUGGGCUGGAUGACCCAUGAGGUCCCUUCCAACUCUACAAUUUUGUGAUUCUAUGAUUCUAAGUAUGCUCAUUUUAAUCCAGUAGCAAUUACGCUGUGACGUGAGUAGAUUGAGCAAAUUUAAAUGUGCAGCUUUCCUUGAGCUGCCACACUGAGGUCUGAGCAAGCUCAGCACCAUUUAAUUCUAGCUUCAGAAGCUGCCUGCUCCUUGCAAUCAGAAUAUAGGGAACGACACGGUGUGGAUAAAGGGGCUCGGAGACCUGUGGGAGAUCAAGUAUUGGAAGGUCACUUGUGAUUUCUUGCAAAGCGGUUGAUCACAGUCGUUCGAACCUCUUUGUUCUGAGCCCGAUUUUUUCAAAGUCAGCAUGUCAGAGCUUGCAAAAAAGCAGAGCAGUUGUUGACUGGCUCACUCUUCCCAUGGCUGAAAGCGGACAGUCAUUGGAAAAUGUGUUUUUAAACAUGCAAUGGCUGGCAAGGAGGGCAUAGUCUUGUUCAGGCUUUCAUCAAUAGUCAAGUGUGGCGCUGAUUUUUGUGAAGCUUGGUUUAAUUAUUCCUCCCCCUGGGAUGGAAGCAGUUGCAAAGCAGUCAGUUCCCUUCAGCCAGCUCAGGUAAUGGAGUGUUUGAGAGCAAGAGUGAUGAGCUGAAAGCCUCCACUUCCAACCCCAGGACAGCCAUGAACCUGCCUCAGUGGCUCCCCUGAUCACUGGACUCUCUCCACUGCUGUCUCUAGACUUCAAUGCAAUGGUUCCCAAUUAGCUACGUACUUCGGACCUCCUCUUUUUCAAAAGCCAAGCCAAGGACCCCUCUGCUUUUGAAAGUUUUGAUAUCUCUGUCCUGGGUGGGUUUCAAGGACCCCAAUGGGGAACCCCUGUACAGCAAAGGGAGAGAAUCUGUGGGCCUCCAGAUGUUGCUGUUCUCCAUCUCCCAUUGUCUCAAGCCAUUGGCCAUGCUGGCUGAUGUGAGCUAGAAUCCAAUACGGAAGAAUGAUGUGAGCUGGAAGCAAUAUAUUGGUGAGCCUAAUGUUCUCACCCUUGCUGUAAAGGUUGUUGAGACAAUGUACGUGAGGUGUUUUGCACACUUAGGAACACAAAGGAAAGCCAUGCGUGCCACUUUGAGCACCUUGGAGGAAAAGUGGGAUACAAAUGUCAUACUGUGAUCAUGAUUUUUAAAUUGGGGGUGUGGGGGUGUGGGCCUACCUGCAUCAAUGCACAUGUGAUGCAACAUCUGAGCUUGCUUUUCUUGACCUUUCGGGCUUCUCUUCAUUCAAAUCCAGGAUUGCAGUGCAGCAUUACAAAUCCUCCAACGGGGGCUGUGCGAUGACAGCCUUGCAUUUCUAUGCAUAUAGGAAGAGAUGCCUGAUGCAGAUGUCAUGGUGUCUCUCUGUGCAUAUGUAUGCUGCAUGUGCACUCCGCUGCACUGUCGGCACAUCCACCAGGUGCAAAACACAAUCGUAUGAAUGGGCAUUUACCUACUUUUCCUCUGGGAAUCUGCCCUUUCCCCUUGAGAUUUUAAAUGCUUGUGGCUCUAGUCUCUUUAAUGCAAGGCAGAGCUGAGCUGUGUGAUUAUCAGAGCUGGAUAAUGCCGCCACCAGUAUCACCUCCUCAUUUCCCCCUCCCCCAGCCUUUAACAUAAUCCAUAUGGUACUUCCCGACUGGGUUGCGGGUUUCCAUCCCAGGCAACAAUCCUCUACUGCCAGAGCCAAAAGAGGGAGGAGCUGUAGUGAAAUUCCCACUAAGCAGCCUUAGCCUUUCAUUACAUCCUCUUCAGACACAUCAGGAUUAACCUAGAUAUGGCUGGCCAAAGGAUGGAGGGAGGGAGAAAGGGCUGGGGGAUUUCUAGGUUCGUUGCUGGAAAGCGCUAAUCCCGAUGGCCUUGCUGGGUUUCCCCACAGCACGCUGACGAUCUACAGCAUCGGCCAGGCGGACGAGGCCAUCUACCAGUGCAUUGCGGAGAACAGUGCUGGCUCCACCCAAGCCAGCGCCAGGCUGACGGUGCUGUGGGCCGACGGGCUGCCUGGCCCGCCCCAGAAGGUGAGAGCCACGACCGUCUCGGCCACCACCAUCCAAGUGCUGUGGAGUGAGCCUCUGCAGAACACCAAGGAGAUCAUCGGCUACGUCCUACACAUCAGGAGAGCAGCAGGUGAGGCGGCAACAGUCCAUUGGGCAUUGAUAUGAGCGCUGUGCUGAAAAAUUAUUCCGCAAUGUCCUGUCAUGGCAGGGGUGGCGGUGAGAGGGUGGGGAGCUGUAUAGUGCCCAACCUUGGUGGGUUGCUCAGUGGGAGUGGGAAGGGGAAGGACGCUGGUGAUCACCUCCAAUGAGGAAUUAUAGGCAGGAGUGGUGGCGAUGAGCUCAGAAAUGGCCGCAAGGCUUGUUCUUUCAGUCUUUAGGGUAAAGGUGGUCUCUGUGGCACUGGGCACCUGUGUAGUUUGGGAGCCUAUGAGGGCUAUCCUGACUGGUGGAAAGUGUGAGGCUCAGCCUCCAGAGUUACUGCUCUCUUGUACACUCCACCUUCCCCCCAGCUGUCGGGAUCUCCAGGAUGGAACAAUAGGCAAAGAGAUGCUCUUUGGAAUUGCUCCUCCUUGGAAGCUGCCUUCAAAAAUUGUCAAAUGUCAGUGAAAUUCUCACAGGGCAGGAUGCAGGGCUGUGGUUUUGUUUUGUUUAGUAUUUGCAUGUCUCUUUUCCAACAACAAUAUUGAGCUCAAUGCAGCUCACAGUUAUAGCAAUAGUGUUAAAAAUGUGAUGUAAUUGUUAGAGUGUAGGACUGUGACCUGGGAGAGCAGGGUUCAAAUCUCCUCUUGUCCAUUAAGCUCACUGCGUGACAUGGGCCAGUCACUGUCUCUCAGCCUAACCUACCUCACAGGGUUGUUGUGGGGAUUGGAUGAGGAGGGGGAGAACCAUGCAUGCCACCGCAAGCUCCUUGGAGAAAAAUGCAAUAAUUAUAAUAAACAAAUAAUCAAUAUAAUCAUACUGGGUUGUAGCCAGUGCCAGUGCUCCUCAGAGUAGACCCAUUCAAUCCCCACAGCAACACUAUGAAAUAGGUUAGGCCUGGGAGUUGGGUGACUGAUUUAAGGUCACUGAUUUACAUUUCGGGGGCAUGUGUGCAUUGUUUUAUUUAUUAUAUUUAUAUCCUGCUUUUCCCCCAAAGAGAUGGCAUGAAUGGUUCUCCUCCUCCUCCCCAUCCUCCUCCUCCUCCUCCUCACAAUAACCCUGUGAAGUAGGGUGGGUUUGCAAGUGAGUGAUUGACCCAGGGUCACCCAGUGAGCUUCAUGGCUGAGUGAGGAUUCGAACCCCGAUCUCCCAGGUCCUACUCUGACCCUCUAACCACUAAACACUGGCUCUCCUGUGCCUAUCUUAUUUUUAUCACGCUGGCAUCAUGUGUAAGCUGACAUUGCUAAGGGUGGGAAGUGGGGCGAGAGAGAUAGAGAAAGGAAAUAAAGUAAAUACAUAAAUACCCAUGAUUGUAGUGUAGACAUGCCCUGACAUCUAGUGGCGAGGUCCAGCACCCCACAGCCACACCACACAGUGACUCCCUCCAAGCAGAAGACAACAGUCAAGCAUUCUGGGAGCUCAGAUGGAGACUUGCCCUCCACGACUAGCUUCCCAGAUCUUGAGUUUCACCAGGUGACCUUCCUGGAUCGCUUGUCUCCUGGGAAGAGACUAGGUCUGUGGCUUGGAACUGCCAGAAUGCCUUGUUUGGUGACGUAGGAAGCAAGGGAGCAGUGCCAAGCUCCUGACAGUGAACAGAGUGGCAUCAGGCACACCUCUGCCAUCGUGCCACAUCCUGGGGCUGGCAAUCUACAACUGGAACAUGGCCUCACUCUCUGUAUCUAGAUUUUUGAGAGCUGCAAACAGUGCCAGAUGGAGAGGAGGGUGCUCUUAUGCUCAGGAUCUGGAUGGCUGGACGGCAGGAGGAAAUCCAGAUGGAUUUCAGAGAUGUCAAAAAGGCAGUCUGCCCUGAAGGAAAGUCGCUGGGAAUCACAAGUCUUGCUUUCCCAGUAUCUGAAAUAGAAAUCAUGCUUGCUUUGAUCAGUGGAUAGAAUAAGAGUCUUGCAACCUAGGAACAGAUUGCUUUUAGAAGCUGACCGUGCUUUAUUGACAGCUGCACGAAUUAUUAUAGCUAGGUAGGAAGUGGAAGGGGCAAGCAGAAUAUAAAAUGGAAGAACGGUAUAAAGAGUUGUGGGAUACAGUUAUUAAUGAUAAAUUAACAUGUGCCAUUAAGGUAAGAUGGGGAAUAUGCAGGAGAAAUGAUUUUGAGGAGAUAUGGAGGGUGUUUGUAGAAUAUGUACUGUUAAAACAGAAAGGGGUCAAACCAUCUCAAGAGGUGUUGAAAUUUUGGGAGGUUGGAUAGUUGCAAUGGAACAGUCUCGGUGGUGGGGUGCACAUUUUUAUUCUUAUUUAUUUAUGAUUAUUACUUUGUCAAAAUAAAAUAAAUAAAUUAAAAGAAGAAAUAGAAGCUGAUUGUGCAUGGAUAAAUAUCAUGAUAUUUGGAAUGCAUUUAUAAAAAUUAUAGAGGCAUGUUAAUGAUUGUAUACGCUUUGUAAUAAUAACAUUACUUAUAUAUCGUAUUGUAUUCCAGUUCCAAGCACAUUUUCAUUUUCAUUUCUUUCACUUUAUUUGUCCACUGAAAUUCUUCAAUAAAAUAUAAGUAUAUACAAAAAUCUUGCUUCCUGGCUUCCCAGAGGCAUCUGGUUGGUUACUGUGGGAACAGGAUGCUGAUCUAGAUCCUGCUUGGCCUGAUCCUGCAGGCUCCGCUUAUGUUCUUACGCCUUCCCCUUGCAUUUCAGACCCUGUGGAGAUGGAGUACCAGGAAGCCGUCAGCAAAAAUACAUUCCAGCAGCUUGUGACUGACUUGGAGCCCUCCAUGAGCUACAGCUUCUACAUAAAGGCUUAUACCUCUCGGGGGGCAAGCAAGGCCUCUGACGUGGUGGUGGUGAGCACGCUAGGAGAAGGUAAGGAUGAAUAAAAGGGCCGAAGAGAAAUGGAAUUUCAAGCUCAACAUCCUGCUAGGCUGUAGAAGGGAACUCAGAUCAGUGGCAGAGGACCCAGUUUGCAUUUGGAAGGUCCCAGGUCCAAUCCGAGACACCUCUCGAUAAAAGCCUCUUAUGAGCAAGACCAGGAAAUCCCCUUGCCUGAGCUCUCAGGGAUCUCAGAGAGCCAGUGUUGUGUAGUAGUAAAGAGUGGUGGUCUCAUAAUCUGGUGAAUCGGGUUCGCUUCUCUGCUCCUCCACAUGCAGCUGCUGGGUGACCUUGGGCCAGUCACACUUCUCUGAAGUCUCUCAGCCCCACUCACCUCACAGAGUGUUUGUUGUGGGGAAGGAAAGGAAAGGAGAUUGUUAGCCGCUUUGAGAAUCCUUAGGUAGUGAUAAAGCAGGAUAUCAAAUCCAAACUCUUCUUCUUCUUCUCCUGCAAGUCAGAGCAGACAGCAUUUAGCAAGAUGAGUCAAUGGUCUGAUUGGGUAUAAAGCAUUUUCAUGUGUGACUAGCUCGUCCCAUGGUUCAAUUUAUUUCCAUUGCCUAUCAAUCUCACACCCCAAAUUCAUGUCAAUUUCUGAUGUGUUUAUUAUUCAUAUCCCUUUUCUAAAGUAAUCUGCUAAUUUUUGUUUUAUGUGGCCCAAGUUUUUUUUAUUAAUAUCAACAUGCAAUCUAUUAUAUUUUAGAGAGCCAAUGCAAUGUCGUGGUUAGUAUGUUGGACAAGGACCUGGGAAUCCAAGACGCCUAUCCCCACUUUGUGUGUCUGAGUCCAGCCUACUUCACAGGGUUGUUGUGGGGAUUAAAUGAGGAGGGGGAGAACCAUGUAUGUCACCUUGGAGAACAAGAAAAAGGCGUCAGUGCAGUAAAUCAUAAAUAACUAGAUAAUCACAGUACAUUUCUCGCCUGCCCAUCAAACUCCUCACGGCUCCUGCUCCCAGUAUCUGCACAGCUGGUAAGUUGCUCCUGUGAAGCGCAGCUGUAUGUGCAGUCUUUACGGAUGUUGCACUGAACACACAGGAGGUUCAGUGGCAUAGCCAGAGCCUGCAGGUGCAAUCUGGUACCCGCUGUGUGCUACCUAGGACCUUCGUGAAAAGUGCUGCACUCAUCUGCUAGACACGUGGAAGGGUGAGGUGCUCUCCAGGGUGCUGAAACUCCCCACCCACUUGACUAGGAACAUAGGAAACUGCCUUACACUGAAUCAGAACACUGGUCCACCUAGUUUGGUAUUGUCUGCUCUGACUGGCAGCAUCUCUCCAGGGUUUCAGGCCAGGGACAGUCCCAGCCCCAGCUGAACUUGGGGACCUUUCUGCAUGCAAAGCAGACACUGUGCUGCUGAACUACAGCCCUUCUCUUAUUUGGAACAUCAUAAAUUAUUGUCUCCUUUACUACCACCAGCACAAGUUUCUUCCUAUGCAACCUUAACAGCUAGAAAUUUGUUUACUGGUUGUUGUCUGCUUUUAAAUGACAGCAGAGGAUCACAGAUUGGUGACUGCUGUAUCUGAUGCCAGGUUCUGAGGCUGCAUGGAAUUACAAAGCAUGCAGAUUCACUAGUGAACUCAGAGGGCAGGAGUCAGCAACCCAUGUGGCAGCAAGGAGCAGAGCAGAGUGCCCCAAAUAGCUCAAGCAAGUGAACCAAGUUGCAUGAGCCAUCACAAGGAAAGACAUACAUGCAACCAAAAUGGUGAGGAUUUCUGCAGGAAGUCUGCCUGGGUCCUUCCAUCAUAGGUCACGGAUGUCAGUAGGAUGCAAAAUAGCUGCCACAUUGUUAAGCCACUGUAGCAGCAGCUUGUGACAUUUUUGUUAUUUCCUUUUUCAAUUAUUUUGGCAUUUCAGUCAUGCCACACAGCCCCCAAAGGAGCCCUCGGCUUACAAUAUAUGAUCCAAACAUACACAAACACAACAAUAAACCUGCCGUACAACAAGACCUCGUAAAACCAAAGUGCUAAAAAUUCCUAUAAUGGCAUAAAAGCCAACAGAGCUUGACCUUCUUUGUAAUGCAAGGGUUGCACAGAAGCCCUGCCAGCUGUGGAUGACUUGAGCAAAGAGCCCACAAAGCCCCUUGAGAUGGUUGGCACCCAGCAACGGCCACGUCUUUCCAGAUCCCUUCGCUCAGCAUUCUAGGAUAGAACCACCCAUUAACCUGGCCUCCUCCUUUUUCAAGCGGAGAGAUUGACAAGGCUUAAAACCUUUAAAAACCUUGACCUAAAACCUUGCAGUUCAAGGCAGUAGCUUUCUGCCUCAUAAAGUUCAUGUUUUUCUGGAGCUUUGAGAAGUCAGGGCACUACGUUUCCUGUGAGUUAAGGGCUGCAGGUCUUGUCACACGCUAAUAAAUUACGCAUACCUCUUCGAUGCUCGACACCAUCCCACCACACAAAGCUCUAAAGUGUGUGUGGGUGUGUUUUGAAAAACAACAACUUUGCUUCCAUCUUAAGCUCCAUCUCCCGUCAUGGAUGAGCAGGUGCUGUUAAUCAUUAGCUCAGCCCCUCUGUCCCAGUUUGAUUUACAAGUCAGUCUCUUUGCUGGAUCUGCCCCUGUGUUUAGAAAACCCAUUUGAGCUCCAUAGUGUCUCCAAAACACCGUUUUGAUGGCUGCUCCCCACAUUUGAAGGGAUGCGGGUGGCGCUGUGGGUUAAACCACAGAGCCUAGGACUUGCCGAUCAGAAGGUCGGGGGUUCGAAUCCCCACGACGGGGUGAGCUCCCGUUGCUCGGUCCCUGCUUCUGCCAACCUAGCAGUUUGAAAGCACACCAGUGCAAGUAUAUAAAUAGGUACCGCUCCGACGGGAAGGUAAACGGCGUUUCUGUGCACUGCUCUGGUUCGCCAGAAGCGGCUUAGUCAUGCUGGCCACAUGACCCGGAAGCUGUACACUGGCUCCCUCGGCCAAUAAAGCGAGAUGAGUGCCGCAACCCCAGAGUCAGCCACGACUGGACCUAAUGGUCAGGGGUCCCUUUACCUUUACCUUUACCCCACAUUUAAGGGUCACUGGUUCAGAAUAAACCAUGGCUGACUACGGUAAGAAACAUCACAAGGCCAGUGGUUGAUUUAUGUAGCCUUCUUCAAACUGGUACCCUAAAGAUUUUUGAACUACAACUCCCAUCAGCCUCAGCCUUCAUCUUUUUUAAAACCAAAGCACGAGGGGCUUUGAGAAUGACUCGUCUGGCUUAUAAGGAAUCCAAGGGAAGGGAACCAAAGGGGUAAAAAAAGGAAUCAAAGGGCAAAACGAACCUUAUCUCUUUCUGUGGCUUUGUUCCAGUGCCGGCCAUGCCGUCUCUCUUCAUCAAAGUCCUCAACAGCACCACCAUCCAGGCCACGUGGGAGCCCUCCAUCAAACUGGGCCAGCAUGAAGGGUUCAAGCUCUACUACCGCAAAGUCCACCUUCCCCACUUUACCGGGCCCAUGUUUUUGGCCAGCAACGUCACAUCCUGCAACAUUACUCAGCUUGGUGAGCGUCAUUUCCAUUAUUACAAUUAUUCGUUAAAUUUAUGUACUGCCCUUCGUCAAAAGGCUACAAGGUGGUUUGUGACACAGAACGAAAACGUCAAUACGUAGCACAGUAGCUGUGCAAAGCAGGCGUCAAAACAGUUAGAUAAAUACGUAAUCAAGCAACUAGUCCCUAGCGCUGCUGAGAAAAUGUUAGAACCCUGCGCCUCAGGGUUCCUUGGGGAAGGAGGGAAGGAUAGAAUAUACAUUUAAUUAAUAGAAUAAACGAAGGCCCACUGGAGUUGCCAAACCCACCUCUUCCUAAUCUACUCCUGUCAGUAUUGCAUUCUCCAGUUCACUGUUCCUCACCACCAUUCAGGGCUGCCAACAUCUGACUUGCCUUCCUUAGACAGGACUCUUUCUUUUUGCACUGUCAAUAAUAAAAUUUUAUUAAGAUUUUUCAUAGUACAAUAAAAAAACUAAUCUAAACAAAAAAUAAUAAACCAAAGAAGGAAAGAAAGAGAAGGGAAAGGAUAAAAGAAUGCAGAGUCCUGUCUCACAGAUGUAUCUUAAGUUUUGUCCCAUACGGAAAAGGUUGUACCCUCCCAGCUCUCACCUGGGAGCAUCUUAGAUGCUCCCAGGUGGCCCUCCCAGCCUCCCUAUCUAGCCUUUGGGACUCUCCCCAGACCACAUCCCGCUCUCCAUUCUGCACCAGCCCUGCUUCACAUCCUCCUUGAGCAUUUUUGAGCUCCUGCUUCACUGGACGGAAGCUUGAGGCGGCGCUUACGAGCGUUUGUAGAAACCAGCCUCCUGUACGAAAGGUAACAUUUACAUCUGGUACCCUGUCCACUUUUGCCUCUGGACCAGCCUAUUGCUGGCAUGUGGCCCGUGGACUGCUGCCCAACUGGGAAGGUGGCCCUCUGGCUGUAAAAAGGCUCCCCCAACCUGCUUUAAAUGCGAUAAUAAUAUAAUAAUAAUUUAUUACUUAUACCCUGCCCAUCUGGCUGGGUUUCCCCAGCCACUCUGGGUGGCGUCCAACAAGAGAUUAAAAAUACAUUAAAACACCAGUCAUUAAAAACUUCCCUAAACAGGGCUGCUUUUGGAUGUCUUCUAAACAUCAGAUAGUUGUUUAUUUCCUUGAUAUCUGAUGGGAGGGUGUUCCACAGGGUAGGCGCCACAACUGAGAAGGCCCUCUGCCUGGUUCCCUGUAACUUCACUUCUUGCAGUGAGGGAACCACCAGAAGGCCCUCGGAGCUGGACCUCAGUGUCCGGGCUGAACGAUGGGGGUGGAGAUGCUCCUUCAGGUAUACUGGGCCGAGGCAGUUUAGGGCUUUAAAGGUCAGCACCAACACUCUGAAUUGUGCUCGGAAAUGUACUGGGAGCCAAUGUCUUGGCGGCCGCUCCCAGUCACCAGUCUAGCUGGUGCACAGCAAGUGAGCACAGCAGGUCUAACCACAUUUAGGCACAGGUCGACAUCUCUUCUUUCCUUUUCCUCCAGACCCAUCAGUAGUCUACGAAGUCAAGCUUCUCGCCUACAACCAGCAUGGUGAUGGGAAUGCCACUGUUCGCUUUGUGUCCCUUCGAGAGACUGUCGAAAGAACAGGUGAGUGGGCAGGCGGCCCUGAGCAGCCUUGAGGGAGAUGGUCUUUGAAGACGGUUGGGGAGGCUCUGGCUGAGGGGUGUUGGUGAGAAAAGAAAGUUGUUUUACAGAGAGGGAGAUCAGUAUCUUGAAAGUUUCCCCACGUUGCUGCUCUGAUGCAAGUUAUCAAGCUUGAAGUUUGCAAGCCACUUUGAGUUACUUUUGAAGAAGAAGAAAAUGCUAAUAGGUUUAAUUAGUGAUAAUAAAAUAAAUAAAUAAUAGAUGUUUCAAUGUUUUACCCAAGCAGGAGCAUCCAAAUUCCCCUCUAAAUCUUGCUUUUGGUAAAACUCUGUGGCUCUGUUCAAGCGUUGCUUUUGUUUUGGGACACAUCUUCUAAAAGUGGUUUAUGUUUGAGAACCAUCUUACUUAUCCUUCUAGGGACAACAUCCCCCUUGUGAUCAGGUUCCUUUUUUCUUUUCACAAUAAAUGUUAAUCUCAGCUGGAAAUUGCAGCAGAUCCUUGACAAAGCUUUCUUUCUUUCUUUCUUUCUUUCUUUCUUUCUUUCUUUCUUUCUUUCUGGUCUGGAAUUGGUUUAGCGACACCAUUAGUCAUGCCGUUACAACAAAGUGGGAGGGGGACGUUGCUGGAGUUGAAAGUGAGAGCCGGUUUCCCUUUCAUCUAUACCUUACUGACAGCGGCAGGAAAGAGAAUGUGGAGUUUGCAAAUCACUAGGUGGAGGAGAAGGCUCUAUAACAGCAGGCUAUCCUUCCUUCCUCCUCUCUCCUACCCCGUGGAGUGAUACCUUUUCACCAGAGUGCUGCAGCUAUUGCCAACCUGGUGCCCUCCAGAUGUUGUGGACUACAGCUCCCAUCAGCCGACCCAUUGGUUGCCAGGGAGCUUGGCUGGAGCGUUCUCCUCUGAGCCACUUUCUGUUGUGAAAAAACAAAGGGCCCAAAUGGCUGAGGCCUAGCCUUUUGCUGUGCUUCACCUCCUGCCCACUGAUAGGAGCCUGACUUUUCCUGGCCAUGUUUAAACUUCUCCUGGGCAGUUAAUCCCCUCCCUACUCACCAGUUUUGCUCCUCUCUGUGUCCCUGACUGUUCCUUUCCCCUUCCCACACCUUGCAUGUUUCUUGCCAAGCCUGCUACUUGCUCCCCACCCCCCUCCGCCCCUGUGUGAACUGCCUUAACUCAUUUCUCCAUCCUAUGUUUUUGUCCUGCUCCUGGGUUCAAAGCCUUUCCCUGACCAGCUCACUGCAAGAGGCCCAAACCACCGGAAUUCCAGAUCCCACCGCCCUCUUGCUCAGAGGUCCUCACUCUGCAGGAUGGCUGUUGCAAAAGAUGAGGUCCAGCAUUUGGCAGCUUGCAUAGAAUGAAGGGGGCCAUAGCUCACUGGUAGAGCACCUGUAUUGCAUGCAGAAGGUCCCUGGUUCCAUCCUCAAGGUAGGGCUGGGAAAGACUCCAGCCUGAAUCUCUGGAGAGCUCUUGCUGGUCAAUGUGGACACUACUGAGCUUGAUGGAUCUCUGGCUGGACUCAGUAUAAUGCAGCUUCCUAUUUAAUUCAGGGUUGUUGUUUUUUAAUAGAACUGUAAGGAUUAGCAUCUUAAUUUAUUUUUAGGGGGAAGGGCUUUAACUCAGUGGUAGAGCAUCUCCUUUGCGUGCAGGAGGUCCCUGAUUCAAUUUUCAAUGACUGGGAGAGACUCUUUCUCUCUCUCUCUGAAACCCAGAGGGCCACCACCAGCCAGCCUAGACAGUCCUGUACUGACAACUUUCCAUGCCUAAUGGAGCCCUGCCUCCCACUUACACCUUUCCUUUUCAUCCCAGGGCUGAACCCACCGUGCAACUGCAUGAAGGAUGGGCAAACCAAUAAGACGUCGGCCACUGGGAUAAUCAUUGGGAUCCACAUUGGAGUCACCUGCAUCAUCUUCUGUGUCCUCUUCCUCAUGUUUGGGUACCGAGGAAGGUAUGGCUCUCUCUCCACUCAUUGUGUUUGGGGUGGGUGGACUGCUUUCAUAUUCCAGAGCAGCAGGACAAGCAUUCUUUAGGCCAACCUCCUCCAGUCUAGAGAUUGUUGGACUACAACUCCCAUCAGCCCUAGCCAGCAUGUCUGGUGGUCAGGGAUGAUGGGAGUUGUGGUCCAAAACAUCUGCAGGGCACUUGAUGGGAGAUGGAUGCCUUAGGCAUUGAAUCUACUGCCUUGGGGGUCUCACAACUUUUCUUAUGAAACUCCCAGGUCCCCACACAUUAUAAACCACCUGGAGAGGUUUGCAUGUUUGGGUUGCCCCACUAAGCUUUGCAAUGAGAGGGAGUUUGGAAGGAAAACUCAGAACCUGGGGUCGGGGUGGAGGCAGAGAGAUAAAACAUAGGUCUGCAACACCCAUCAUCACUUCUUUGUUAUUACUUAUAUUUUAUUAAAAGAAUUUCGGUUAUAGAAAAGAAAAAAGAGGGAGAAGAAAAGUGCAAAAAAUACAGUAAGAAAUAUAUAAUAUGAUACAGUAACUACAAUGUGUUACAUUUCCAUACAUUAUUAUAUAGAGUAAUAUUAUUGUUCUAAUACAUAAAUGGUUCUUAAUAACCUCCUAUAUUCUGUAUAGACACCUUCCAAAUGUCAAUAUAUUUAUCCAAACAAAGUCUACAUCUAUAAGCAUCCCGUCCAUAUGAUGUCCAUAGCACUCUGCUAGAACCAUGUUGUGUGUAGGGAGAGGACGAAACUCAGAUUUGGAAGGUCUGUAGCUCAGGGCUAGAGGACAUCUCUUACACGCUUAUGGUCUUCCUGGGCUUUCCAGGCAGGGCUGAGAAAUUCUUUUGCCUGAAACCCCGAAGACUCUACCUGGAAGCACAAUGAAUUGAUCCUGGGAGUUGUUGCAUGUGAAACAGAUGCUCUCCCCUUCUCGUGGACGUCUAGUGUGGUGACUUCCUGUUCAUAUGAUGGUACAUUGCUAGAGAGGGUUUUAUUGUUCUUCUUCUUUCGCUUAUUUCCACAGGCUGCUGGUGUGCAAAGAUGUCCAGGAGCAGCUGUCAACCCCACAGGUCCCAAGAAGCCAGAGGAAUGCUGCAGGCUUGACCUCGAACGGAUCUGCUCAGAGGGACAGGGACAACCCAGACGCAAACGGGAAGCAGCUGGAUUUGAAUGAACUGGAAAGGCUCUUUCCAGCCUCGCCUCCCCCGCCUGAUCAACACAACAAGGAGAUUGUGGUAAGGAAGGGACACUGGGGGCUUUUGUUUGUUUGCCACACUUUCAGACAGCAGUGGUGAACCUCGGGGCUAGGGAGGAAAUGCGGCCCUGCACACCUUUUAGCCUGGCCCCUGGAACCCUCUCCAGGCUCCACACCCCGCCAGCCCUGCUUUGCACCCUCCUUGAAUGUCUUGGUCUGGCUGAGAUGUCUCCUUGACCUCUUUUUUGCCUGGAGGAUAGAGGGAGGCGUGUGAGCAUGUGUAGAAAAGCUAGGCUGCUGUACCAAGGUAAAAUUGGCACUCUGUAAAAUUGGCACCCACUUUUACCUCUGGCCCCGCCCAUCACAGGCAUGUGACACUCUGGGAUUUUAGUCGGGGGCACUUCCUGUAGAGGCCAGGGAUGGAAUGUGGGGCCUUCUGCAUGCAGAACAGGUGCCCUACCACUGAGCCACAGCCGUUCAUAAUCUCCGUUAGUUUCAUAGGAAGCUACAGUCUAGCUCAGUAUUGCCUACACUGACUGGCAGCAGCUUUCCAGACUUCCAGCCAAGUGACUCUCCCAGUCCUACCAGGAGAUGCUGGGGAUUAAACCUGAGACCUUCCGCAUGUAAAGCAUGUACAGUGGUACCUCAAGUUACAUACGCUUCAGGUUACAGACUCCGCUAACCCAGAAAUAGUACCACAGGUUAAGAACUUUGCUUCAGGAUAAGAACAGAAAUCGUGCUCCGGCGGCGCGGCAGCAGCAGGAGGCCCCAUUAGCUAAAGUGGUACCUCAGGUUAAGAACAGUUUCAGGUUAAGAACAGACCUCUGGAACGAAUUAAGUACUUAACCUGAGGUACCACUGUAUUCUGUCACAAAGCCAUGCCCCUUGAUGAUUUCCAUUUGUUCUGGGAUAGGCAACUCCCGCUAUUAUUAUUAUUAUUAUUAUUAUUAUUAUUAUUAUUAUAUUUUAAGAGGACAGUCAGUCUUCUUCUUGGGCAUUCAAAUAGCCAUUUUUUCACUCUCCUUUCCCAGCUGGACCAUAUUCCUCCUACCUCACAUGACGAAACCCAGACAUCCAUGCUUCCGCCGGAUGACUUCAGCAUCAUCGAAGAGGAGAGCGACACCCUCUUCCAGCCCCCGCCCUCGGGGGCCCCCGGCAGGCCCCUCCUCAACGCCAGCCAAGAUGAGCCAGCUUUGAACCAAGCUCCAACCAAUGAAGGAUAA